AACGUAAAAUGGCACGCAUCGCUAUUGCUUGAACGGUGUGAUUUAAAGCAGUGUCUAAACAUGUCUAAAGUGACCUCACAGCUGUUCAGACUUAUUAGACACCUGUCAAAUAUUGACAAGUACGAAUCCACGUUUGGAUUAUUGAAGCAUGUAUUCAUUUAUAAAUAACUUAAAAUGAUAACGCUGAGAUUGCAAUAACGCAGCGUUAUAUUGCUAUUGAAAGUAUAACGUUAAUAAUUAUAUUUUCUGCGUGCCACCUCCGCGCGAUAUGAUCUGGUAAUCAGUAUUGUUUUCUAAAGAUUACUCAAAAGAAAAAUUGAAUACUGUAUGGAAUACGUCUUUGGAAAAAAAUAUUGAGCUAAAAUAACACAUUUUAAUUGAAAUCUACUAUAUCUAUAAUAUCAAUUAAAAGCAGAUUCAUAAAGCCUUUCUUUUUUUUUUUCAAUCGUCAACCCAUACAAAGAAAAUAUUUAACAAACCGAUAAAUUUGCAUCAAUUCGCAUAUAAUUUUAAAUUUCUUUUUUCAUUUAAUUGCAACAUAUUUUUAUAAUGAUAACAGUGAUAGUAUACAUAAUGAUCUUACACUAUCGUGGGACAGGAUUAAUGUUAUCAGUAAGUGAUAGUCGUAUUUCUAAAACAUCAAACAUUGACACAAAUAGAGAUUUUGAUAAGUUAGACACGAGUUUGUUCGAAUCGUAUCCCAUUAUUGUCCCCCAAGACCGGAUAUUGCAAAUAUGCUUAAAAGGCAGUUCAUUACUAGAUAAAUUGCAUUAUAAUAAAAAUGAUUGCGAUGACUAUCCUUGUAUGUUUUCAAAAUUAAUUCAAGACGAAUCAAUGAAUUCUGUUGUAUCUAUUGUACGAAACGAAACAACCGAUCGCAUUGAUCGAAAUUUUGAACAAAGCAUACAGGAUUGUAUAGUUUGGUGGAAAUUGUUUAAACACUUUGAUAAAAAUUCAAAUCCUCGUCGUGAAUUGGGUAAAUGUUUAUUUCAAACAUUCUCAUCUAAGUGCAGAGAAGAUGUUUUAAAUACAAUAAAAUUACUUUUACUUUCUGUAAAAGAAAAUUAAGAGUAAAUAAAGAUAUUUGAAGAAAAAUAGGAUCACUUUAAAGUAGGAAAUGUAUUUUUCUUUUAAAAAAACCAUGUUCUCUAUGAAAAUAAAUUUCAGUAUAUUCUUUAAACAUAACAAUUAAUAAAGUAUAUUUUAAAAUGAUUUCCCUUCGAAAAUUUAACAAUAUCGAUAUUUUGUAU